AUGAUCCUUGUCAGGCACAACGAGCUCCGACUUAUCUCACGCGCAUGCCUGUUUACCCUGUGGUUCUCCGACAAGGCAGUUCUUCGCCAGAUUGCUCACGGGGAGAAUGGGUGGAAUCCGAGCCUGAUCGUGUGCCGGCUCUCCAGCCAGCCUUACCUACCCUUUGACCCAGUCGGAAGAAUUGCAAAAGGGAGAAGGGACGAGAUGGCCGACAAGACUCCUGGAGCUCGGGACCCUGAGAUUGCGGAAAAGGCAUCGGAGCGUGAUGGAGAGGAGUGUGUCAUGACCAAGCAUGAGAGACCAGGCCUUAAGAUAGCAUACAUCGUGCCCUUCCACCUGCACCAGACCCCAGGAGCCGGUCUUUGGGCAUUAUUAAGAGACUUCUCGGGUGCGGGAGCUGAAGCUUGGAAACAUGCGAUUAUUGGAGCGACGGACAACUUCAAUACUGAGCAAGCUACCAACCUGAUGGCGCUCAACCGGCUGCUCUAUGUAUACUGGGAGGACUGCUCUUGCGAGUUCCGCCCUGUCCGAGUUGCCGAUGAUGGAAUGAGCAUGGAUGUUGCCUUCCACUGGCUCCCCCUCCCAAGUGGAAAGAAGACAAACAUGAUCCCUAUCGACCGAAAUCCUUUUGGACUUGGUGCAGAAAAGGGGCUUUUGAAGUCUCCAGGGCUCAAUCUGAAGAUCUUCAAUCACGAGACCGAUCGAGUGAUAUGUUCAGGGGACGUCUUCACGAUCAGAACCACCGACAAAGAGAAGCUGCCAUUGCCUUCAAUGGAGCUGCUCGAAAUGCUGUGGAUUUUGAAGCGCAUCGCCCGCAUGCAAGGAGGAGAGGAUGAAGAGGAUGAUGCGGAGUCCGACAAAGACUCAUCUUCCCAAUCUCGAAGCCGAUCAGCUUCUCCCUAUAGUCUCUCUCUUGAUGAGAGGGUUCUCGGUGAUCUUGCUGAGGAGUCUGGUUGGCAGGGUGUCUAG